GCUUAGGUACUAGGCGGCGGCGGGUGGCGUGGGGCUCUAUAGAUGCGCCACGGCUUUAGUAGGGACCGCUCAUCUCGACGGGUCUGAGCCUCGCCAGCCCCUCCCCCAGGAGACCGUUGCAGUCGGCCAACCCCUGCUGUUUGGUAACGAUGUGUGACCGAAAGGCCGUGAUCAAAAAUGCCGAUAUGUCGGAGGAGAUGCAACAGGACUCGGUGGAGUGUGCUACUCAGGCAUUGGAGAAGUAUAAUAUAGAGAAGGACAUUGCGGCCCAUAUCAAGAAGGAGUUUGACAAGAAGUACAACCCCACCUGGCACUGCAUCGUGGGGAGGAACUUCGGUAGUUACGUGACACAUGAAACCAAACACUUCAUCUACUUCUACCUGGGCCAAGUGGCCAUUCUCCUGUUCAAAUCUGGUUAAAAGCAUGGACUGUGCCACACACCCAGUGAUCCAUCCAAAAACAAGGACUGCAGCCUAAAUUCCAAAUACCAGAGACUGAAAUCUUCAGCCUUGCCUAAGGGAACACCUCAAUCUUUACUGUGUUGUUUUGUACAGGGCAUUCUCUGUACUAGUUUGUUGUGGUUAUAAAACAAUUAGCAGAACAGCUUACAUUUGUAUUUAUUUUCUAUUCCAUACCUCUCUGCCCCAUGUUUUUCCUCUUCAGAAUCCAUUCCUUUAAAGAAAUAAAUGUGUUGGAGAAGUGUGCGUUAA